CCCAACAGCGUCGCGGGACAUGGGUUCAAGGGUUGGCUGGAGACGUCGCUCACCGAGUUGACGCUGAUUGUCCAGGACUUGAAGGUCAUUUCUCUGGUGGUGUCUGCGGCGACGGGCAUGGGAAAGACGGUGUUGGGCUCGGCUUUGAAGACGGUCGAAGGUCUGGCUGAGGUCCUGCUGCGCGACAUUAACGAUCCCUCUCCACUUCGCGACUCGUCCGAGGGGCUUUACCAAGUGCCGCUGGCGAUGAAGAUUCCGGAGUACAAGCGUGCUGGACCUCGCGAUUUCUUGAUGGAAGUGAUCGGCGCGACAAACGACGACGGCACGCCGAAGUACAAGCUUGACAUUCAGCUCAACACGCUGGCGACAAACGUACGUUUUGAGGACAGCACCAGCGGCAAGCCCAAAGCGGUUGGCGUCGAUUUCUUGACAGGAAAGAGUUUGUAUGGCGCAGACCCGCGCAGGAUGUCUGGGAAGGCGACAGACGAGGGGACACCGGGUAGCGUCACGGCGACUCGCGAAGUCAUCCUCUCGGCCGGCGCGUUCAACACUCCACAGCUGCUGAAGCUGAGCGGAGUUGGUCCAGCAGACGAACUCAACAAGCUCGACAUCCCCGUCGUCAAGGACCUUCCCGGCGUCGGCACCAACCUCCAAGACCGCUACGAAAUCCCCGUCAUCGGACAAGCACCCAGCGACCUCGCCCUCCUAAACGGCUGUACAUUCCUCAAAGGCGACGACCCCUGCUACGACAAGUGGGCAAACCGGCCAAUCGAAAAAGGAGUCUACGCCACCAACGGCGUCGCGAUCGCGAUCCUGCAAAAGUCCUCCGUAGCACAGAACAAUGACACAGACCUCUUCGUCGCAGGCUGGCCGGCUUAUUUUUCUGGUUAUUUUCCUUCCUUCUUUGACAACGCGACCGCCAGCUUCGACCACUGGACCUGGUUAACGCUCAAGGCGCACUCGCGCAACAACGCCGGCACCGUGACGUUGCGUUCAGCGGACCCACGUCAAGUGCCCGCGAUACAGUUCCGCAGCUUUGACAUCGGAGGCGACGAGGACCUUCAGGCGCUGCUAGAAGGCAUGAAGUACUCGCGAAACGCCUUCAAAGACUUGAUCCCGCUGGAUGGUCGCUUCGACGAGGUCUGGCCUGGCCCGCAAGCCGAGACCGAUGAGGACUUGAAGCAGUUUGCCCGUGACGAGGCGUGGGGCCAUCAUGCGAGCUGUACGUGUCCGAUUGGAGCGGAUGAUGAUGAUAUGGCGGUUCUGGAUGGCGAUUUUAGGGUUCGUGGAGUUGAAGGUUUGCGGGUUGUGGAUGCAAGUGUCUUCCCGAAGAUUCCGGGAUACUAUAUCGCUUUGCCGCUGUACAUGGUCAGUGAGAAGGCGGCGGAUGCCAUUCUGCGAGAUGCUGCUUGA